AUGCUUGCACGUUUCUACGGUUGCCAUAGCAUCUUCAGCGUCUUUCUUCCUUUGCCCAAUGUGCUUCAAACCGGCGUGGACGCUCGAGGAGAAGCUCCUGCAGAACCUCCAGGAACUCACUGUGUGCUCAGUCUCAUGAGGUGGAAGACUCCACGCGGAGGACCGGGGACAAGUGUAGAGCCACGGGCCGGGUGCGAACCGCAGCGAGGAACGCGCAGAGCCGCCAGAGGUGUGCUCAUGUUCGGCAGCAGCCUGAAGGAGGAGCCGCCGCUGGGGGGCAUGAACGCCGUCCGGGGCUGGAUGCCAGGGGCCCUUGGGGGCGGCGUAUUGGACGCCAACACCGCCGCGCAGAGCGGGGUGGCGGUAGGCCGGGCCCAUUUCGAGAAGCAGCCGCCCUCCAACCUCCGCAAGUCCAACUUCUUCCACUUCGUCGUGGCGCUUUACGACCGCCAAGGGCAACCUGUGGAAGUGGAGAGGACCAACUUUGUGGGCUUCAUCGAGAAGGACAAGGAGCGCGCGGGUGAGAAGACAAAUAACGGCAUCCAUUAUAGACUGCAGCUGCUCUACACCAACGGCAUCAGGACGGAACAAGACUUUUACGUCAGACUCAUCGACUCCGCCAGCAAACAGCCCAUCGUGUAUGAGGGGCAAGACAAGAACCCCGAGAUGUGCCGAGUGCUGCUCACGCAUGAGAUCAUGUGCAGUCGCUGCUGUGACAAGAAAAGCUGCGGAAAUCGCAACGAGACGCCGUCAGACCCCGUCAUCAUCGACAGGUUUUUCCUCAAAUUUUUCCUGAAGUGCAACCAGAAUUGCCUGAAGAAUGCCGGAAACCCAAGAGACAUGAGGAGGUUUCAGGUGGUGGUGUCGACAACGGUUAACGUGGAUGGUCACGUACUCUCAGUGUCCGACAACAUGUUUGUCCACAACAACUCCAAACAUGGACGGCGGGCCCGCAGGCUCGACCUGGCCGACGGAGCGCCGUCGUACCUCGACCAUGGAGCGUCCCCAUGCAUCAAAGCCAUCAGUCCGAGCGAAGGUUGGACCACAGGAGGGGCUACAGUGAUCGUCAUUGGCGAAAACUUCUUUGACGGCCUGCAAGUCAUCUUUGGAUCCAUGAUGGUUUGGAGCGAGCUAAUCACACCCCACGCCAUCCGAGUGCAGACGCCACCGCGACACAUUCCCGGCAUGGUGGAGGUCACGCUGUCCUACAAGUCCAAACAGUUCUGCAAGGGCACGCCGGGUCGUUUCAUAUACACGGCUCUCAAUGAGCCCACCAUCGACUAUGGCUUCCAACGAUUACAGAAGGUCAUCCCUCGUCACCCCGGAGACCCCGAGAAGCUUCCAAAGGAAGUGAUCUUGAAGCGAGCAGCCGACCUGGUGGAGGCGCUAUACGCUUUGCCGCACAACAACCAGGAUGUGAUGGUGAAACGAGCGGCAGACAUCGCAGAAGCGCUAUACAGCGUCCCCCGAGGACACGCCCAGCUGUCUGGCCCCGCCCACUCCGGUGUAAUGGGCGCUAGUUCAUUUACAGGCCAGCUGUCUGUCAAUGUGUCAGAGCCCUCUCCGAGCGCACCCCCUGCAGGUUACGCCCGGAGCGGAGGCGCAUCACCUCACGGCUAUGCGCCUGCCAGCUCCACGCCGCAGCACUACUCGCACACACCGCCCCCCCACGCCGCGUACGCCAAUAGCGCCGCUGCCAUCGGCAAUCUGGGAGCCUCGCCGACCUUCAUCAACGCCUCUGUGGCCAACUCGCCAUACGCAAUGCUACCUUCCAGCCCCACGAUGGCGUCAUCCACGUCUUUAGCCACCAACUGUUCAGUGACGGCGGCUGCGGGCGUCUUCUCCUUCUCCCCUGCCACAUUGGUGUCGGCGGCAGUCAAACAGAAGUCGGCGUUCGCCCCGGUGGUCAGACCUCCGUCGUCGCCGUUGCCGUCUUGCACCAACGCUAACGCCCUCCAAGACACCAACUUUGCAGACUCUGUCAAGUUGUCAUCGGCCGCUCUUCAAGGCCUGGCUUUCAGUUGA